GAGCCAUUGGGUGGGAUGGGCGAGCGGCUCCCCCGGCGGGUUCGGCAGGCUCGUCGCUCCCCUCCCGCCCCGCUCCGUUCCGCUCCGCUCCGCCGCACCAUGCCGCAGCCCCUCGGGGCCGCCCUGCUGCUGGCGCUGCUGGCGGCGGACUGCUCGCAGGCCGUGCUGCUGCGAGCACCGGAGGCUGCCCAGUUCCUGCGGCACAGGCAGCGGAGAGCGUACCAGAUCUUCGAGGAGACUAAGCAAGGGCACUUGGAGAGAGAGUGCGUGGAGGAGCACUGCAGCAAAGAGGAGGCACGGGAGGUCUUCGAGAACGACCCCGAAACGGAAUAUUUUUACCCGAAAUACUUGGCUUGUAUUCACAAAUAUGGGUCGCCAUAUACAAGAAGUCCAGACUUCCUUACAUGCGUACAUAAUUUGCCAAAUCAGUGUUCUCCUGAUCCUUGUUACAAAGAGGGGACUGUCAGGUGUGAAGAUCUCAAGGGGGACUUCUAUUGUGAAUGCAAACGUGGAUGGCAGGGAAAAACAUGUGAUAAAGAUAUCGAUGAGUGCAAAGUGCAGCAUGGUGGCUGUAACCAGAUCUGCCUCAACAAGCUCGGCAGCUACCGCUGCUCGUGCUACAGUGGUUAUACUCUUAAAGACAGCAAAACAUGUGAAGACAUAGAUGAGUGUGCAGCAUCAGCAGACAUCUGUGGAGAAGCUCUCUGUAAAAAUCUGAUAAGCUCAUAUGAAUGUGUUUGUGAUGCAGGCUACAGGUAUGAUGAGCAGAGAAAGACUUGUGAUGAUAUAAAUGAAUGUGAAGAACAGCUGUGUGAACAGACGUGUGUCAACUUGCCAGGGAGUUAUACUUGUCAUUGUGAUGGCAGAGGGGGAGUAAAACUUUCCCAGGACAUGAAUACAUGUGAGAACAUAAUACCAUGUGUGCCUUUUGCUGUUGCAAAAAGUGUUAAAUCCUUAUACCUGGGGAGGAUGUUUAGUGGAACUCCUGUCAUCAGACUGCGCUUUAAGAGGAAACAACUGACAAGACUUGUGGCUGAGUUCGACUUUAGAACCUUUGAUCCUGAAGGUAUCCUUUUCUUUGCUGGAGGCCAUCGAGACAGCACUUGGGUAGUCUUGGCUUUGCGCAAAGGACGGUUAGAGCUGCAGCUGAAAUACAGCGGAAUAGGCCGCGUGACCAGCAGCGGACCACUCAUCAACCAUGGCAUGUGGCAGACAAUCUCUGUUGAAGAACUUGAGAGAAGUUUGGUUGUAAAGGUCAACAGGGAUGCAGUUAUGAAAAUAGCUGUCUCAGGGGACCUGUUUACCCUAGUCAGAGGUCUGUAUCAGCUGAACCUGACAGUAGGAGGCAUUCCCUUCAAAACAAAGGACCUUAUUGUGCCGAUAAACCCUCGGCUGGAUGGCUGCUUGCGGGCAUGGAACUGGCUGAACGGGGAGGACAGCACUAUCCAAGAGACCAUAAUGAUGAAUGAAAAGAUGCAGUGCUUUUCUGUAGCAGGACGAGGGUCUUUCUAUCCUGGCCGAGGUUUUGCUAUAUUUAAUCUUACUUACAUGCAACCUUCCUCUGGAAAUGAAACCAAAACAAGUUGGAAAAUAGAAUUAAAUGCUGUAAUUCAGCCAGCAACAGAUACCGGUGUGAUGCUUGCUCUGGUUACAGAAGAAGCAUCUGUCCCUCUAUCGCUGUCUUUGAUCGACUAUCACUCCACAAAGAAACUAAAACAACAGUUUGUCAUCUUGGCUGUGGAGGACACAGUUGUGUCCAGACUGGCACUGAAUCUUUGCGAUAAGAAGGAACAUUCUGUGGACAUCCUAAUCAAGAAAGACCAGAUAUCCCUGAGGGCAGAUGGGAUGGAAGGAGAGAGUGAAUUAAGCACCUCUGAGUUAGAGGACAGCCUGUCCAUCUUGGAGAGCAAUUUGCAGUCAGCGGUGAAGACGUACUUGGGAGGAUUGCCAGAUGUUAACGUCACUGCCACUCCGGUCACAGCAUCCUACCACGGCUGCAUGACGGUGAAGCUGAAGGGCAAGGCGCUGGACUUGGACGAGGCGCUGUACAAGCACAGCGACAUCACAUCCCACUCUUGCCCUCCGGUUGAGGCAGGUCCAUAGGUACCACUGCAAUGCGAAAGUUUUGUACUCACAAACUUUCAGUGCUUUUUUUUUCCUCGUUUUUUGUUUGUUUUUGUUUUUUUUUAAGAUAUAAAUUAUUCAGACCUACCGCACUGCGUGUAUAGUUUCUCUUAAACACUGAAGUUAUGUAGGAGCUACUGAUCCUUACGUCAGAUUGAUUAUUGAAAUACUCCUUUGCUUCGAGGUCUAGAGGUUGUAAUAUAUUUGUAAAUAGUCCAGAAGAGUAAUAUUAAACAAGGCAAAAGUACAGAAUAUACUUAAAGCGAAUGUUAUGUUUAGACUGUAAGAGACAGUUUUAUCUGUAAUUCGGAAAACCUGGUAAUAUAUGAGUGUGGACUGGAAGAAAAAUAAUAAUUCUGUAUUAUUUUUAUUACCAACACCGCUUUCUGAUCUGCAAAAUAUGAAAGAAUAAAAUAUUUACAUACAAGUUCUUAA